AUUGAGAGCUCAGCCAUUAUCAGCUGUGCACUGACCACUGGGAGCCCUCUGCAGAGCAGUUCAGGACUUGGGUGAUCUCCUGUACCUCCACGGCCUCCUCAAAAUUCUCCACAAUCUGUCCUUGUUGAUUUUUUGUCUCUCUCUGCUGCAGCUAUGAAUUAUUUGCGUCGGCGUCUCUCUGAUAGCACAUUCAUCUCGAACCUGCCCAAUGGCUAUAUGACAGACCUCCAGAGGCCUGACCCUGCUCAGCCUCCUCCACCUGCCUCCACCACCCCAGCCAAGUCUCCUACAGCUGGCCCUACACCUCCUGCCACCUCCCCUGCUCCGGAGAGGAAACCCCAGCCAGCUCAGUCCACCGGGGUGGGUUUCUUCAGCUCAAUCACCAACGUGGUUAAGCAGACAGCUGCCUCAGCAGGGCUAGUGGAGCAGACGCAAGUCACGACGCCUAAGAAGUUCAAGAUUCUCCUGGUCAUUGAUGAGCCACAACAGGAAUGGGCAAAAUUAUUCCGGGGAAAGAAAGUACAUGGAGAUUAUGACAUCAGAGUGGAGCAGGCUGAAUUCAAUGAGAUCAAUAUCGUGGCUCAUGCCAAUGGGACCUGCAACGUUGACAUGCAGGUUCUGAGGAAUGGUACCAAGGUUGUCAGGUCAUUCAAACCAGACUUUGUCCUCAUACGUCAACAUGCCUUCAGUAUGACUCAGAAUGAAGAUUUUCGCAAUCUGAUUAUUGGCCUGCAGUAUGGUGGUGUCCCCAGCAUCAACUCCCUCGAAUCUAUCUAUAACCUGUGUGACAAGCCAUGGGCGUUUGCCCAGCUGAUCAACACCUACAGGAAGCUAGGUGCUGACAAGUUCCCUCUGAUUGAACAGACCUUCUACCCGAACUACAAAGAGAUGGUAACCAUGCCAUCAUUCCCUGUAGUUGUGAAGAUUGGACAUGCACACUCUGGGAUUGGAAAGGUGAAAGUGGACAACCACAGUAAGUUCCAGGAUAUAGCCAGUGUAGUGGCUCUCACACAGACUUACACCACCACAGAGCCUCUCAUCGAAUCCAAGUACGACAUCAGAAUCCAGAAGAUUGGCAAUGACUACAAAGCCUACAUGAGAACGUCUAUAUCUGGUAACUGGAAGACCAACACAGGCUCCGCUAUGCUUGAACAGGUGGCCAUGACUGACAGGUACAAGAUGUGGGUUGACACCUGCUCAGAGAUCUUCGGGGGGCUGGAUAUCUGUGCAGUCAAAGCCAUCCAUGGGAAAGAUGGCAGGGAUUAUAUCACAGAGGUGGUGGGCUCCUCCAUGCCCCUGGUAGGCGAGCACCAGGCUGAGGACAGACAGCUCAUUGCCGACAUGGUGCUGGCAAAAAUGGACCAGCUAGCAGAGAAGGCAGCUAAUGCCCCCCAAAGACCCACCACCAUACAGCCAUCACAGGGUACUGGCCAGAAGGGGGAGAUUGUAGCCGAAUCCACUAAGAACGGUGCUGGGCGCCCACCUCAAGGUUGUCUGCAGUACAUUCUCGAUUGUAAUGGCGUUGCAGUGGGUCCAAAACCAGUCCAGGCCAACUGAGUCACCAGAGAGAAAGGGGGAUAGUCUCAUUGUCUAGAUAACAAUGGCGUGCAUUAGCUGAACACAAACGCAGAAGCGUGUGUGGAUGCUGAUAGCUAGGCUCAGAUCUUGGUGAUGCUAGCUUGGUAGAGGUGAGUGCUGGCCUGGACUGUGUUUUAUUUCCUCUAUGCAGUGUCAAAAUGUACUGUCUACUUGUUGACCUGUUGAUUUGUGUGCUUGGUCACCUGUUUCAGUAGCUGUGAUUUUUCUUUGGGGCUGUUGUUGAUGAUGUAAAAAGCAGAUUGUGCCUACACUGAGUUCAGUGCUGCUCUGUGCCACCUGUUUGACCCAGCUAUGAAUCUUUCAUUUGCUUCCUACCCCUUUCUGUUCUCCAUUUUGAUGUGUAUCUUUAGAUAUUGUUCAAACUGUGGUUUGUUGUGCAGUUUGAAGUUUGUGUAUAUCUCAAUAUGUAUAUGUGGGUGCGUAUGACUGUGGUAGUGAUUAUUUUCAUACAUAUUCUGAAUAGAUAUUUAUUUUUGUUUUGCAUGAUUGAUACAAAGGCAGGUGAAAGUAUGUUACAAAUUGUCUGAUCAACUGCGAUGUUCAAGCAACAUCACUGUUAUACCCAAGCUAUGUUCCCUGUGAUUCAUGCAUUGUGAAUGUGUCAUAUGAAAUGCAUAUAAUAUAAGUUCUACUGAAUACAUGCAUUCAUCAACAAACAUGCAUUAAGCAAUGAGCACUAAGGAAUACACUCCUGCAUAUACAUUCAGGUUACAGCAGAGAUGUAUAUUGCCUUUCUUAAAGGAAGUUAUUUAUCUUUAAUAACUAUCACUAGAAAAGAGAUUACUUAUUUAAAAUCAUUACAAAUACAGUCUUAUACAUAUUAAAACUAGUCUGAGAAUCUAGAGUUUACUAUGUAGAUUAUUUAUAAUCAUCCUGUAGAUGGACUAAACACAUAACUUCAAUAUAUUUAUAUAAUUUUGAACCAAAGAAUAAAUCAUUUUCUUUCAAUCACACCCUUUGCACUCCAGUAACCCACAGUGUAAAUACCUGGGAGGCGAUUGUCAGGCCUGCAAUUGGUCAUGAGGAGCAUAUGUGAUAGUAUUAAAUAACAGAGCUAGAGGAACAGAAUAUGCUUUUUAAAUAGCCUGUUGUUCAUUAUGUUUCUGUUAAACUGAUACUGUAUUGAAACUAUCGUCGUCUUCUUGCUUUCAAUUGUGUGGAAACAAAUAUUUUGGCUCCAAAUCGCAACUUGCAUUAUGUAUGAUCUGCCAUGGAAUACCAGACUUAAAAUCUCCCUGUGGUCCUCAUACCGGAUAUCGGCUAUCAUGAUGGUGUUGCUAUGACAACAAUGCAAGUGCUCUGAGGGUUUGUGUGGAGUGAUGCUCCCCUUACUGCCAUUCAAAGGUUGAACGUGUUUGCCUUAUCAUACUCCUCCCGUGAGUUGAUGGAGAGUGCAAUAUAUAUCUUUGUAUUUUACAUAAUAAUCUAUUUAUUUUUAAAUCAGAUCUUCCACCAAAAUUGAUUCAUGAAGCUAUACUCACAAAUGUGUCAUCCACAUUUAAUUAAUUUGAACACUUUUGUACAUGGAUGUCACAUGCAAUCACUUGGUUGUUGUCAGGUGGCUUUUGUGGAGGCCAUUUAUUGUGUCAAAUAACCUAAAUGGCUUAACAGCUAAAUAUCCACCCAAACCAAUUGUGAAAAACUCUGUAACAUUUUCCAGAUUUUUCUUUCUUUCUUUUUUUGGUUACUAGAUACUACAAAAUAUGUUCAGCAAGUUCUAUGUGCAAUUCUUUUUCAAGGUGUAUUUACUGCCAUUGUAUCUGUGAGAGUAACCUUGUAAAAGCCAUGCCUGAGGCUUUAUGGAUGUGCUGUUUUGUUUUCUAGGAAAUAUGCCAUGACAUUGAUUUCCAAAGGAAGACAGUGCAGAGGUAUCACGGUCUGUAAUAAUUGCAUGGUUAGGUCUUGGUGGAAUUAAUUCGACUGGAAUUAUUAUAGGACAUGUGGAACUUGUAUAUCGCCACACCUGCAGGACUGUAAGUAUUUAGGACCAUGGUAACUUACUAAAUGUAUGUACUUUUGAAACUGGUGUUGGACUGUUUUAAAUCAAGAGCAGCAUACAAUAUACUGUGGAAAAAAAUUCCAUUAUGGAUAUUUCCCCUAUGUCAUUGGCAAUAAAGCUUCCUUUGCAAUAUA